AAAGGAAACGAAGAUGGGGAGACAGUUAUUGUUGAAAAAGACCAUUUUAUGGAUGACUUUUUCCAACAGGUUGAGGAACUUAGAAAUAAUAUAGCAAAAAUAGCACAAAAUGUGGAAGAAGUGAAGAAGCAGCACAGCAUUAUCCUGUCAGCACCAAAUCCUGAAGGAAGAACAAAAGAAGAACUUGAAGAAUUAAAUGAGGAAAUAAAGAAGAUUGCUAAUAAAAUCCGAGCCAGGUUAAAGGCUAUUGAACAAAGUUUUGAUCAGGGUGAAAAUGCUAAUCGGACAUCAGUGGACCUCAGGAUAAGAAAAACACAGCACUCUGUAUUGGCUCACAAGUUUGUGGAGGUCAUGACGGAAUACAACGAGACCCAAACUCUUUUUCGAGAACGCAGCAAAGGUCGGAUACAGAGACAAUUAGAGAUAACUGGAAAGACCACCACUGAUGAGGAACUGGAAGAAAUGUUAGAGAGCGGUAAUCCUUCAAUUUUCACUUCUGACAUUAUAUCAGACUCUCAAAUAACUAGGCAAGCUCUGAAUGAAAUUGAGUCACGUCACAAGGAUAUUAUGAAACUGGAAUCUAGCAUACGGGAACUCCAUGAAAUGUUUAUGGACAUGGCAAUGUUUGUUGAGACUCAGGGUGAAAUGAUCAACAACAUAGAAAAGAACGUGAUGAAUGCAUCAGAUUACGUGGAACAUGCAAAAGAAGAGACAAAAAAGGCAGUUAAAUAUCAAAGUAAAGCACGAAGGAAAUUGAUGUUCAUAAUUAUAUGUGUAACUGUAUUGCUUCUGAUACUUGGAAUUAUCCUAGCAACAACACUAUCAUAGCAAGCACAUUCCAAGAGUUAUGAACCUUCAGAAACUCCAAACUACAUCUUCAGUAAAACCAAACCUUUUUUAAUAAAUGAUGCCUUAUACUGUUCCGUAAUGAUGACCUAUCACUAAUGGUUAAAAAUGAAAACAAAAUCACUCUUAAUGUUUACUCAUAAAUGAAGAUCAGAAUGUAUUAGGAUAUGUAUGGAUUUUCAUCACAAACUAUACAUUUGUAAGACUGAAACUUGCUCUUAAUGGUUUUGAACUAAAGUAACGUAGGAUUUUUUAGUAUCUCGGUGUUACAGUUAAAACAGGGAGUUGAGAGACUAUUGAGUUUUGACUAUUUGGCUUUUUUUCGUAUUGCUAAUAUAAUUCUAAUCACAAAUUUUAGUACCUUACCAGUGCUGCUUUUGUUAGCACUCUUGUGAACAUUUUUAUAAGAUGUAGCCUUGUCUUUAAGUGUAUUAAUUAUUUAGUCACCUUAACCU